CUUUUCAUUGUCGUUGCAAAUCACAAGACCGCUAUUGGGCACACUUCAGCUACGAUGAGAUCCUCGAUUCUUGAUUCAGACUACGUUCAGGUGACAUUUCCCGGCUUCCUUCUGGGUCUCGCAAUCGUUGGCUCGGUAGCCUAUGUUGUCUAUCAGAGAUUCCUUCACCCCUUGGCUGCUUAUCCGGGCCCAUUUUGGGCAUCUAUCACGGACUUGUGGCAGGUCAAUCAGUUCUUCUCUUUGAAGCAGCCUUACAACCUAACCGAGCUCCACCAAAAGUACGGCGAGUUCGUGCGAUAUGGACCGGACAAGUUGAGUAUCACUGCCGAAGAGGUCGUCCCAUUGGUGUAUCAAAAAGGUGGCCAGCGGAUGCCAAAGACGGAGUACUACGAUGCCUUCGGUUCCAAGACCCCGAAUGUCUUUGGCAUGAGAUCUACAGAGCUACACUCCAUCAGGCGACGUCACAUGUCACACAGCUUCUCCAUCAGCAGCGUGAAAGGCAUGGAACAGUACUUGGAUCAGAACAUUAAGAUUCUGCGUGACAAGAUUGCACGGUUCACAAAGACCGGAGAGGCUUUCGAUCUUAAGAGAAUUCUGCACUUCUACACCAUUGACGUUCUCGGCGAGCUAGCCUUCAGUCGCUCAUUUGGGGUUCAGGCCUCUGGCGAUGAGUCUCGAGUUCCGCCGGUCAUCCCUCAUACUCUUCUAGGUACGACUUUGGGCGCAUGGCCGGCCAUGACACAGACUCUCAAGCAUUGGCUACCGAGAUUACCACACGCGGGACUACAGGCUUUGUUUGCAGGACGGGCCAAGUGUGCUGGGCUGGCGGCUGAGUGUGUUCAGACGCGACUGACAGAAGUGAAGGAGGAUGAGAACAAGGGUAAGGUGCAGAGGAAAGACAUCUUGACCAGUCUCAUUCUGGCCAGACAUCCUGACACUGGAGAGAAGAUUGCGAGGGUUGAUCUGGAGGCCGAAGCAUUUGGAAUGAUCAUCGCCGGAACACAUACGACUAGCGCAACCACAACCCUUCUCCUCUGGAACUUGCUACACAACCCAGACGCCCUCAGUAAAUGCGUACAGGAAGUGGAUGAGAAUCUGACUUCUCUAGAUAAUGGGAAAGAUGCCUAUUCGAUCACGGAAGUGGAAAGCUCCCUACCUUUCCUCAGGACAUGUGUCAAGGAGAACUACCGCAUCACUCCGGUCUUCACUAUGCCACUGGCGAGACGCGUGACAGCCCCUGAAGGCAUCAUUGUUGCAGGUCGUCAUAUCGCGCAAGGGACAUCCGUGGCAGUAUGCAACCACGCGUUCCAUCACAAUCCGCAAGUAUGGGGCGGCGACCAUGACGUCUUCGAUCCAUCAAGAUGGGAUCGACCAGAGACGGCUACGCGCGCCCGCUAUCUAAUGCACUUCGGUCUUGGUGGUCGUCAGUGUCUUGGCAAAACGUUGGCGCAAUCCAACAUCUACAAGCUUACCAGCACCUUGCUGCGUGAGUUUGAUUUCCAACUGGCUGAUCCGCUAGAGAGAGAACUUGCUGUAAACGGGAGCUUCCACGGGGUCUCGCCAGAUCUCAUCAGCGUUGGGGUGAGUGAUCUGGCGGGGCCCUUGAUGGUCACUGCCAGUGCCCGGACACGGAUUUGA